AUGCGAGGUAAAGCUAACAAAGAACCUUUACAGUUUGAUCCAGAAAUCGAAAAGACUGCAAAGAAGAACCGGAAGCUAACCAAGCUAAGGAAGAUAGAGGAAUCCUCGAGUUCAGAGCCAAAAGCCGAACCCGAGAUGACAGCUAAUAAUCUACCACCAUCAGAGGAAGAAUUUAUGGAGUCAAUCUUGGCUCCACAGUUCACAAGGCCAAAUUCCAGCAUCAUCAGACCACCAAUCAACGCCAAUAAUUUUGAUAUCCAGCCAACACUGAUAACCCUGGUAGAGAAAAACCCAUUUGGCGGAGAAGAUUAUGAAGAACCCUAUGACUUUAUAGACAGAUUUUUGAGAAUCUGUGACACUACCAAGCAUAACGGGGUGUCAGAUGAUGCAAUUAGACUCCGACUGUUCCCUUUUGCUGUAACAGGGAAAGCUCUCAGAUGGUUGGAUAGACAAGCCCCCAACAGCAUCAGAAUGUGGGAUGAGCUAGCAGCCAAAUUCUUCGCAGAGCACUUCUCCAGGGAGAAAUACAACAAGUUGGUGAAUGAAAUCACCAACUUCACUCAACAACCAGGAGAAACUCUAUGUGCAGCUUGGACUAGGUUCCAAGAACUGAUCAGAAGGUGCCCCGCGUAUGAUCUGCCAGACGGGAAGAAGGUCAGAAUCUUCUAUAAUGGAAUGACACCUGACUCCAGAAUGGUUGUCAAUGGUGCAGCCGACGGGACCAUAGCAAGGAAGACAACAACUCAAACUUUAGAGCUGAUCGACUUCAUGGCAAGGGCUGAGAACGCAUCAAUGACAGUUCAACCAGUUCAACCAAGAAUGGGAAUCCUGCAGUUGGGAAACAAUGAUGCAUCACUUGCAGAACCAAAGAUCCUAUCUCAACAGAUAGCUAGUCUGAAUGCAAAGUUGGACAAGUUGCAACUCUCUAUAGCUCAAGUUGACUCGGUCAACUAUUGCAAGUCAAUUGUUACAAGAAGCGAAAUUGUCAUCACUCCUCAAGAAAAACUGAAGGUGGUUCAGAAAAAGAAAGCAGACGAACCAGUUCUUGAACCGGAGAUAGAAAAAGAGGAGGAGACACCUGCAAAAGAAGACAAAGAGGAAGCAAAGGAGAAAGCUGCAGAGACUCCAAAGAAGCAAUGGGAUUUUUCUCGCUUUGAGAAACCACCUUAUCCCAUAAAGUCAAGGCAAGCAAAGAAGAAACAACAUGCCAGGUUUUUAGAAAUAUUUAAAAAGUUCCAAAUUAAUAUUCCCUUUGCUGAAGCUUUAGCUAACAUGCCUAACUAUGCUAAGUUUAUGAAAGAACUCUUGUCUAGAAAGCACAAGUUGCAGGAAUGUGAAACAGUUGCUCUCACAGAGGAAUGCAAUGCCAUAAUCCAUAAAAAGUUUCCACCAAAGCUUCAAGAUCCAGGGAGUUUCAACAUCCCGAUUGCGAUAGGCAACAUCGACCGGGCAUUGUGUGAUCUUGGAGCAAGCAUCAACCUUAUGCCACUGUCUGUGAUGAAAUCUCUCAAAAUUUUCGAGUUGAAGCCAACAACAUUAUCGCUCGAACUUGCUGACAGAACGUUGAGAAGCUCAAACGGUGUAAUAGAAGACGUACUUGUCAAAGUGGACAAGUUCAUCUUCCCUGCUGACUUCGUAGUCCUCGACAUGGAAGAAGAAGGAGACAUGCCUCUUUUGUUGGGUAGGCCAUUCCUUGCCACAGUAAGAGCUAUGAUUGAUGUGGAAAAGAGAAAGCUGGAAUUGAGAAUGGACAACGAAAAAGUCACCAUCGAUGUGUUCAAAGUUAUGAAGCAUGCAGAAGAUAAUGGUGAUUGUUUUCGGGUGGACGUUCUCGAAGCGCUCUUCCUUGAAAAGGAGGAUGACUAG